GUUAUCAAUUGUCAAACUUGUCAAUUCGUCAAGCAUUAAGCAUUUUAUAUUUGCGUAAUUUUAGUGAAUAUUUCUAAUAUAAUAUUAAGUAUUUCAUCUUUAUUUACUUAUAUGUUGCUACUAAUAAUAGUUUAAAAUAGUUAUAUUCUUGUAGUUGGUCUUAGUAGACGAUAUAAAAAAUGGCAAAACGACCAGCUUCGGAGGCUUUUGAAAUGGAAGCUGAGCAAGUUAUGAAGAAAACUGAAGGAAAAAAGCAUUCAUUAGAUUCUGACGAAGAAGAUAGCGGUGCUGAAGAGGAAAGGAACAAUGUUCUUCAUGCAGAUGACAUUGAAGGCGAAGAAGAUGGAACUGGUGGGAUGGAAGGUGAAAUUACAAUCACUCCGUUCAACAUGAAAGAGGAGCUUGAGGAAGGUCACUUUGAUAACCAGGGUCACUAUCACUGGAAAAAAGAGAAAGAGAUAAGAGAUGGAUGGCUUGACAACAUAGACUGGGUUAAAGUCAAGGGCAGACCAGAAGACAAGUACAAAGUGCACAAAGAUGAUGAAAAUAAAGGACUUGGAGAUGAGUCCAGUAGUGAAGAUGAAGAACCGGAAGAAAAGUUUGAUUUGUUGAACAAUUACAAAGAAAUCCUGAAACAUAUGAAGCCCAAAGAAACAAUUGCAAAAACCCUCCAACGUCUUGGAGCAAGUUCAAAAAUCUCUAGUGCUGAGCGCUGGAAAAGGAAAAAAGCUGGUAUUGUUGAUGAGAACAGUAAAAUUGUUACAAGACUCACAGAGCUAGCAAACCAAAUUCUCACAAAAUUGGGUAACAUGGACAUUUACCAGGAAACUUAUGAGAAAAUUGAUACAAUCAUAAAAAGGCAGGAGAGUAAAAAUGAUGAUGCUGAUUUAGAUAUGUAUGCUGAUGAUUUUGAUCAGAAGGAGAAGAGUGUGUUGGAUAAAAAUAGCACUGAUACUAAAGAAACUGAAAACAAAAACGAGGAGGAACAAGAGCCAGAAUUGAAAUGGGAGUUCAAGUGGAAUCAGAAUGAUGAUGAAAUAUCAGGGCCACACACUACUGAGCAAAUGCAGAAAUGGUCAUCAGAAGGGUACUUCAAAACUGGUGUUUGGGUAAGAAAACAAGGGGAAGACAGUCAAUUCUACACAUCCAACAGAAUAGACUUUGAAUUAUACAUGUAAAUCAUGUACAGUGUACCUUAUACAAAAUUAAAUAAAACAGUUCAACAGAA